AUGGACAAAGAAUUGAGCUCCGUGCAAAAUCCUGGUCCUUCCACCUAUUUCCGGCGUGAUUCAGCAGCCGGAGCGCUGAGCUGGCGGUUUGUGGUCCACAACGGUACUACCUACCGCAAGGGAUGCAAGAGGCCGCAAGGUGAGAUUGGAGGAACUCCAGUGAACAUGAGUGGUUGUUCUUCACUACAGCCAAGCCCACAGUCAUCAACGUUACUAAGCCCUGUUCCUUCCUACCAUGCUAGCCCAACUUCCUCAUCAUUCCCCAGCCCCUCUCGCAUCGAUCCCAACCUUCAAAACCCCUCUUCAUUCCUCCUACCAUUCAUUCAUAACAUCACCUCCAUCCUCACAAAACUUCCUCCUCUUAGAAUAUCCAAUAGUGCCUCUGUUACCCCUCCUCUUUCUUCUCCAACCUCCACCUCCAGGGGUUCUAAAAGGAAGGCGGAUUUCGAAUUCCUCUCCAAUGUCUCCUCUCUUAAUUCGUUCCGCCAUCCUCUCUUCACGGUAUCCACCCCAUCCAGCCCCCCGUGCCGUCGCCACCAAUUGGCUACUUCCACUAUUCCUGAGUGUGAUGAAUCUGAUGCUUCCACUGUGGACUCUGGUCGUUGGGUUAGUUUUCAGACAACGACUGCCUCAGCUGCUCCUCCAUCGUCUACCUUUAACCUUGAAAAACCAGCAAUGCAGCAUAUCACUCUCCAGGAUUCUAUGGAUACGAAUGAAGGUAUGCAAUGGGGCCAGGUUGCAGAGAGAGGAAGACCAUCGAAUUUUGUCUUUGAGAAUGGUAGAGUGAAGCCAUGGGAGGGUGAGAGGAUACAUGAGGCAGGAGUGGAUGAGUUGGAACUUACUCUAGGCUGUGGAAAGGCCUGA